AUAACGCAAACGUAAACAAACAAUAUAAGGUUAUUAUGUCUCAUAAAUUAUUUACAUUAAUCCCAUUGUAAAAAUGAGGUGACGUGGACUUUCUAAGGAUAAACACAUACACAUUCCAUUUCAUAGUUUCAGUGGUUUAUUUCAUUAAUAAUGGCUGGUGCUCCAGUAAAGUUGGGGUCCAUUGUAUCUUUCUGUAUCGUGUUGUAUGCAGUUUAUUACCGCAAAAGUGAUAUUGGGGAUGAGAGGUUGUCGCCAGUCAAAGAUCAUUUGUUGUAUUUGGAGAGUCAAAAUAAAGUGGGCGUCGGUAACAGGCAGCCGAAUGUAGCUUUAGGAUAUGGGGCAUGCCAUGACCUUUUCGUAAACGCGACCUCAUUGUUGGAUUAUAAAGACCUGAAAGGUAGUCCGAAACAUUUUGAUGAAAUCAGAAAUAGAGCUGAAUUUCUUAGAAGUUUCUCAUAUUACUUCAAACAUGGAGCAGCAGCUGAGAGAUUUAUGUCGAAUUCAAAGUUGUUUGAUGAAUUAAUUGACCAAGCUCUAAAGAUGACAGAUUCUAGAUGGUCCAUAGGAGGCAAUGCUCCACUCAUGGCUAAAAGGUUCUUCUUGGAAGGAUGGAAAGUACUUUUAGCAGCUAAAAUGAGUGAAACUCUGAAAUCAUACAUUCCAAAUGGUAUUCAAAUUGUUGGUAAUAAUAAUGAAGAAGAAAUUAAAGAUGAUGUUCACAUGAUCCUGGAGUAUAAAGCAGAUGAGAGUUUCGGUAUUUAUAAAGCUCCAAGGGCAAAUAGAUACAUACUACACAAUGAUGAAAACAACCCUCUUUUAAGUUCCUUGGAGAAAUUUGGUGAAUGCUUACCAAGUUUCAAUCCGAAUUUACUAGUCAUUAGCGGAUUACAAAUGAUGGACAACUAUCCAUUUAAGAAGGAUGAUGUAACAGAUUUGAGAGCUGAAAGACUUGAAUUAGUUAAGAAACAAAUAUUAUCACAACCUAUUACAACUCUAGCUCAUUUUGAGAUGGCUAGUUAUGUGGAUUUGGAUCUCCUCUUGCACCUAACCAAUAAAGUUUUGCCUUUUGUUGAUUCUGUUGGUAUGAAUGAACAAGAACUUGACAAUUUAUGUAGUGUAUUAGAGUUAGGUAGGGUCAGUGUUGUAGCAGAUUCUAAUCCACGAGUUGCUACAGCAUUAGAUCAAAUGCGCAAAAUAUUUAAAAUUGUUAGACAAAAAAAUGUUCAAUACAGUAGCAAUAGGAAGUUGACUCGUAUUCAUGUACAUACAUUGGCAUAUCAAGCCAUAUUGACAGUGAAGAGCUCAGCAUGGAAGCGUACUGAGGCUGCAGCUGCAAAGGCAUCAUUGACUGCUCAUAGAUAUGUAUGUAAUAAUCUGACUAUAGCACUUGAAAAGACAAAACUGUUGCUUGAUGAUAGUUUCUCUACAACAGCAGAUAAUAAUAAUAAUAGUCGAGUCUUUUUUGAGCCCAGUAAACCUGUAGCUUGCUGGGAUGAAGUGAUAGGUAAUGAGAAUGUAGAUAUAUGUGUAGCACCAGUUCUCAUAUGCACAGAAGCACAAUUGACAGCAGGUGCAGGAGAUAAUAUUUCUGCAGCAGGAUUAGUACUGCAAGUUGAGAAGUAAAUGUUUUUUUGUAAUUCAAUAUAAUCAUAGUUAACAUUAAAAAAUAGAUUUAUAAUAUAUAUAAUAGCAAUGAUAUCCUUUCAAUAAUGUGCCAUAGUAUAAGUAAAACUGUAACACAGCAGUUGUUUUGCAAAUAUAUCAAAAAUUCUCAAUGAGGAUUAAAAAUACAGAUGAAAUAAACAUAAGGAAAGAGGAUAGAGGAUAGUAUAAUGCUAUUAUUUGGCCAUAGGGAGGGUCCAAUUAAAAACAACUGGCUACACAUUUAAUGCAUUCUCUUAUAUUUUAAUUAAUAUUGUAGAAUCCUUAAUGAUAAAACUAAAAACUACAGCUUUUGUAUUAUUCUCAAUAGAAGGUGAAUGAAUCUAUUGUAGAUAUCAGCAACAUUAAACCACUUGCAAUUUACUUUGUAGUAAACUAUCUAUUCAAAUAUAGCACAAUAGACAGAUGCAUUCACACAACUAUCAUGGAUUUUAGAUAAAUUAUUAUUCUUUAAUAUUAUUCCUGUAUUGAGGGUAGUACCUGUAAGUUCCUAUAAGUUAUAUUUUAAAAUUUAAUUAUCUUAUGUAUAUGAGACUUGACAUUACAUUCCUAAAAAAAUUGUGUAUUGUGAUCUGAAGUAUUGUUGAAAUAAAAAAGUAUUUAAAUAAUA